AUGGGUGCCACCUUGGACCGCAACGGCCUCCGGCCAGCACGGUACUUCCAGCUCACCGAUGGCACCUGCGUGGUGAGCUCGGAGACGGGCAUCUUGGACAGCGAGCUUUUUCCGGCGGCCAUGUUCAAGUCCAAGGGACGACUGGGCCCAGGGAAGAUGGUGGCCAUCGACCUGCACACCGGUGAGCUGAUAGAGAACGAUGACAUCAAGAAGAAGAUGGCCGCCAAGAAGCCCUAUGGCGACUGGAACAAGGUCUUUCGGGAGGAGAUGGACCGAGAGCCUUUCCUGACUGCCGACCACGACCUGGCCGUGCCAAGGGCAAUCGAGGAGAACCUGAUGACCCUACAGUUUGACAUGGGCUACACCAUUGAGGAUGUCGAGAUGGUUGUGGAGGCCAUGGCACAAACUGGCAAGGAGCCGACUUUCUGCAUGGGCAACGAUAAGCCACUUGCGGCGGUCUCCGACAGGGCCCACGUUCUCUACGACUACUUCACGCAGCGCUUCGCGCAGGUCACAAAUCCGGCCAUCGACCCCUACCGGGAAUCGCUGGUAAUGUCAACGGAUGUUUUCCUUGGCCGUCAAGGCAACCUCAUGGCAGAGGGCCCGACCUAUUUCCAGAACAAGGCCAAUAAUCGUUUGGUGAAGGUGGACUCUCCGUUUCUGAAUGAAAGGCAGGUGUACGGCGUGAGGAACAGCGGGUUGCUGACGGUGCAGCUCAGCACUCGCUACGACUUCCAACGUGGUCCCGGUGCUUUGGAGAAGGCCGUCUCGGACCUCUGCUACGAGGCCUCCAAUGCCAUCCGCAACGGGGCCGAGCUCAUCAUCCUCUCGGACGUGCCGCGCAACUCCGACUUCGUAUCCUUCGAUGUAACCGACCCGGGCAUCGAGCUGGAGCAGUCGGUCCUCGCCAUCCCUCCGUUAUUGGCCGUGGGCGCGGUGCACCAUUACCUGAUCCAGCAAGGCCUGCGGACGCAGGCCUCCCUGGUGGUGAGCACGGGGCAGUGCUGGAGCACUCAUCACUUUGCCUGCCUCAUUGGCUAUGGAGCUUCGGCGGUCUGUCCGUACCUGGCGCUGGCACACAUCCGUCGCUGGCAUUCCACGGACAAGGGUGCUGCAAGGGCCGACGGGCAGAGUGUGGAAGAGGUGCAGGCCAACUACAAGAGGGCCAUCAACGCAGGGCUCAAGAAGAUCAUGUCGAAGAUGGGCAUCUCGAUGCUGGAGUCCUACAGGGGAGCUCAAAUCUUCCAGUGCAUCGGUUUGGAUCAGAAGGUGGUCGAACGGGCCUUUGCAGGUACGCCCUGCACGGCACCGGCCCUGUCCUUCACGGACAUCGCCAAUGAGUCCAUGAUGUUCCACCGAAGGGCCUUCCCAGAACUCGAUGAGCAGCCGGCCGCCGAGAAGCUGGAGUUUGCAGGCUGGUACAAGUACAUCAAGAGCAAGGGGGAGUUUCACAUGAACAACCCCGACAUGUCCCGGGCGCUGCAUCGGGCCGUCCGGAACAAGGAGCCCUUGGCCUACGAGGAGUACCGCCGCCAGAUCAUGGAUGGCCGGCCCAUCACGGCCAUCAGGGACUUGCUGGAUUUCGCCUCGGACCGGCAGCCUGUGCCGCUGCAAGAAGUGGAGGAUGCCACCUCCAUUUGCGGCCGCUUCGUCACUGGCGGCAUGUCCCUGGGCGCGCUGUCACGCGAAGCGCACGAGGUCAUCGCGCUGGGCAUGAACCGCGUCGGGGGCAUGAGCAACAGCGGGGAAGGGGGCGAGGAUCCCUUAAGGUUCCAGCCGAUCCAGGACGUGGAUGAUGAAGGCAACUCCGCCACCUUCUCACACCUCAACGGCCUGAGGAAUGGUGACUCUGCAUCUUCGGCGACGAAGCAGGUGGCUUCCGGCCGCUUCGGGGUCACAGCUGCUUACCUGCGCAGUGCGAAGCAGCUGGAAAUCAAGAUCGCCCAGGGCGCAAAGCCAGGAGAGGGGGGCCAGCUCCCGGGGCCUAAGGUGGAUGAGUACAUCGCCAGGCUACGUAACAGCGUGCGACGCCCAGUGCCGGGCGUUGAGCUGAUCUCACCGCCUCCGCAUCAUGACAUCUACUCGAUCGAGGACUUGGCUCAACUGAUCUUCGACUUGCACCAGGUGAGCCCAGAUGCCAAGGUGUCCGUGAAGCUGGUGGCCAGCUCGGGAAUCGGCACGAUUGCUGCUGGGGUGGCCAAGGCGAACGCAGACGUCAUCCAAAUCUCAGGGCAUGACGGUGGAGAGCUCAAGGGGAAUGUAAAGCUGUGGCACAGGCGCCUCUCCACUGAGCAGCUCGGUGGCACUACGUCGCUGGAGCGACGGGGCUGUGGCACCCGUCGUAGCAUCAUGCAUGCGGGCGGGCCUUGGGAGCAGGGAUUGGCGGAGGUGCAGGGCGUGCUGACAGAGAACGGCCUCAGAAAUAGGGUUACGCUGCGUGUGGACGGUGGCAUCAAGACUGGCUGGGACAUCGUCGUGGCCGCCAUGAUGGGGGCUGAGGAAUAUGGCUUCGGAAGCGUGGCAAUGAUUGCGGAGGGCUGCAUCAUGGCGCGAGUUUGCCACAUGAACCGCUGCCCGGUUGGAGUGGCCACACAGAGGGAAGAUCUGCGGAGGAAGUUCCCAGGAACACCAGACCACAUUGCAAACUUCAUGCUCUUUGUGGCUGAGGAGGUUCGCACCAUCAUUGCGGCUUUAGGCUACCGCUCCCUGGAUGAGGUUAUUGGCCGCUCUGACCUGUUGCGACCACGUGCAGAAAAUGCUGUUCGGACCAACGUUCCACAGCCUGCCAUGGCAUCGCAGCAGAGGCGGGAGCCGAAACCCAAACAGCUGGCAAAGACCAGCUUCAUAGACCUUAGUGGCUUCUUCUUGGACGAGCGGCCGGAGGAGUCGGGGCGUUUAUCCUGGGUGGGGGCGAAGCGAGAUAGCCCGGCCCACAGCAAUGGGCCUGUCCUAGAUGAUGAGAUCCUGGCUGAUCCAGAUGUCGCUGCAGUAAUUGACGGCAACAGUGGCAGUGUGCACAAGCAGAUGAACAUCGAGAAUGUAAACCGAUCUGUUGGUGGCAGAAUAGCUGGUGUCAUUGCCUCCAAGUACGGAGACCAUGGCUUUCAGGGUGAGAUUGAGCUUAGCUUCGUGGGCUCUGCGGGGCAGUCUUUUGGUGUGUGGAACACCUCUGGCAUGUGCCUCAGAGUCACAGGCGAUUGCAACGACUAUGUGGGGAAAGGUAUCAAUGGAGGUACCAUCGUAGCUGUUAAGCCUCUUGAAAGCUCCUUCCCUUCGGACAAGAAUGUCAUAGCAGGGAACACUUGCCUUUACGGCGCCACAGGCGGCCAGGUUUUCUUGAACGGCGUCGUGGGCGAACGGUUUGGUAUACGAAACGCGGGCUGUGAAGCCGUUAUUGAGGGUUCAGGGGACCACCUUGGGGAGUACAUGACCAACGGCGUUAUUGUUGCACUGGGUGCUGUGGGCCGCAACGUGGGCGCUGGGAUGAGCGGAGGCCUCCUAUAUAUCUACGACCCUGAAGACGAAGGGCUCGAGAUGAAUGCCGACAACAGCAGAAACGUGUUCCGCGUCACGGCCCCUGCUGGCCAGGAGCAGCUAAGGAGCCUGAUUCAGAGACACAGCGACCUGACGGGGAGCUCGGUUGCAGCCAAUGUCCUCGAGAUGUCGAGCCGCAGCCGCUCCCCUCGCAGAGAUAUCGCAGUCCCGGUGGCGGACGAUGUACAAGCUUCCCAUGCGCUUCGCGGACGCUAUGACGCUCCAAGGCAGUCCAAGUUCAGGGUCUCUGCAAUUCUUCGGUUCGUGCGCCCCGACGGCUCCUCGGACGUCUUCGAGGCGGUGAACGCCGAGCCGCACGACGCAAACAUCCGGGGCGCCAUUUGCGCCGAGCGCGCGGCGCUCUGCCAGUUCCAGAAGGAGGAACUCCAGAAGGGCAGCCGCGUCGUGCGCGUCGUCUGUGCCACGGACUGCGAGGACCCCAUCUUCCCCGGCCCACUCUGCCGGGAGUUUCUCACGGCCACCUGCGACCCGGGCGUGGAGGUGGUGGCCACGGGCUCCAAGGGCUCCUGGGAGGUGCAGCCGCUAAGGGAGCUGCUGCCCUUGCCUUCCCUCUACCGGCGCCUGGACAACGAGGCCGCCAAGGCCAAGGCGGCCGAAAUGGGCGCGAGCUCCUCCGCGCCCUCGGAUGCCCGGUUCCUGAAGCUGUACCAGGCUGCGGCGAGCCUGGCGCGUGCCCAGGACAAGCAAACGACGAUUUAUCCGCUGGUCUUUGCGGCUGCUGUCAGCUUCGAGGACGGCCGGAUCUCCACGGCCAGUGAGCUCAAGGGCAUCGAGUAUGGAUGCACGGUGGAUGCCGUGUCCCUGCUCAUGCCAGAGCUCGUUCGGGCACGCGAGGAUGGAGGGCCGAAAGCAAGUUGCCUACUGCAAGUGGACAACUACGGCCUGGCGCACGCCCCUGGCAUGAGGUGUGUGGUCGAGAAACGACCAGCCACCCAAACACGAAAGCCUGCGGAGGCGUUCCGCGGUGCCGACCCAACAAGGUGCACCCCUGUGCCGGCGACGGAGUGGGUUUCUGAGUACAAAGCUGCGGUGCCCUGUCGGGUUCUCCCAGCUCAGCUGUCGCUGCACCAGGACUGGGAUGCAGCCGUCGGCCUGUUCUGGCAAGUGUCCGUGCAGCAAAGCGAGUUUGUCGGCGCUGUUGAGGAGGUCAUUCAUGUGCGGCGCGGGCUGAAUACGCGGCUGCGCUUCACUGAGCAGACAAGCAAAGAGGGCGACCCCAGGUCAGACUACGAGUACACCCAGAACAUGUCCUUCCGGCAGUCAAAUGUUUUUGGCAGCGCAUCAGGUAUGCCACCGACAGCGACCUUGCCAGGUGAUGCCAAGGACUCGAGGGCUCCAAGCACCGUGGAAGCAGCUCCACCCAGCUCGUGGUCCGGGCAGAGCUUUGGUCUUGAACGAUUACCGCCGGAGGCCGGCUCGAUGGAGUUGAGCCCUACUGCCGGGCGUAUUGGCGGGCUCCUUCCCCCAACCGCUAGUACCUGCUCCGGCCCCUCGACGGCACGUGGAGCCCUUCCACCAACUGCUAGUACUUACUCCGGCAUGCAAAGCUCGGAGUUUGUCCCACACCCGGCUGCGGCUGUGGCGCAAUCCGGAUACAGCUCGAUGGAGAGCUUUGUUCCUGCUCCCGGUCGCGCGGCGGGUUCUGGCUAUCCGCUGAGCUCCAUCCCCGAGCGGAGGCCCACAGCACUGCCAGAACAUGGCACCUUGCCCGGUUCGAUCCAGGCUCCCUUGAGUCCGUCGUCGACAUUUGCUGAGGGCCAGGUCUUGGAAGUGUGGAGCGACUCCAAGAAGGCCUGGCUGCCAGGAGUGGUCCUUGCAGCCUACGCGUCAGACACCUCUGCAGAAGGAUACCGGGUGCCGGCCGGCACUGUGAAGGUGUCGUCCAACAACGGGGUCAAGUGGGUGAUGCCGGACCAGAUAGGGAGAAUGCUUCGGCCUCAGGCCAGGCGUUUUGUGCGUCAGUUCCUCUAA